AUGAUCUCCGUCGGUCUGAACGUCUGUAUUUUGCUGAUGCUAUCGUCGCGGGUCCCCGAGACUCGGUCCUGGUCGGAAACGUCUCGCGACUGCACGCCCUCCAACACGAACUUCGAACGAUCGACGGGGACGAGGAUCGCGUCGGAGGAGAAUCUCGCCUCGUCGAUCCUCGAGGAGCUCGAGAGCCGUCUGUCGCGUCUCGAGAGAAGACUCAGGGCCGUCGAGCAGCCUGUUUGGCAGAUAGGUCUCACGGAGGAGGAUUGGGAAAUUUGCGCGGAGGGACCGUGCAGAUGCCAACCGGAAACCAAGUCGGUGUCUUGCUGGAGGCAAGAGCUGUUGGACCUUCCGGCAGCGCAACUCGUCCCGAGAGACGUCUUGAAGUUAGAUCUGGGCGGAAAUCGACUGACGGCGCUCCACAGGGACACUUUCCUGGACAUGACGCGACUGAAUCACCUGGACCUCAGCGACAAUUCGAUCGAGCACCUGCCCUUGAACUUGUUCUUCUCGUUGCACGCCGUCACGCACGUCAGACUGAGCAAAAAUCUGCUCAGGGAGCUGCACCGGUCUCAGUUCCUGAGCACGCGAAACCUGCGCAUUCUCGACGCGUCCUCAAACAGGCUACGAACUCUGCCGGACAGCCUCUUCUUGAGCACCAACUUGCUGGUGAUGCUCGAUCUCUCUUGCAACCGUAUCUCGAGUCUAUCGUCGGGCACUUUUCGCGGACUUUCGACCCUCGAGGAGCUUCUCCUGGGGAAGAAUCGUCUCCUGACUCUACCGAUCGACUUGUUCAGCGACCUGACCAGCCUGAAACUCCUCGGUCUCGAAGACAAUCGACUCAAGGACCUACCGGGCGAGGUGUUCCGCGGGCAGACGUCGCUUCGCGAACUGAACGCCAGGGGUAAUCAGCUCACCGAGAUAUCCGGUGGUCUGCUGGCUCCUCUCGAACGACUCCGCUCUCUCGAGAUGUCGAACAACAAGAUAGCUCGGAUCGACCCAUCCGCCUUUCGAGGUUUGCUCGCGCUGGAGGAGCUUCAGCUGGGCCACAAUCGAAUACGAACAUUGGCGCCGGAUCUCUUUUCCACGACCGGCUGUUUGGAACGAUUGGUGCUCUAUGCCAAUGGCAUAGAGAGCCUGACGCGCGGCGCAUUUCGCGGUCUGUCCAACCUGACGUCUCUCUUUCUGCACUCGAACCAUCUCAGGAUGAUGCAUCCCGAGUUGUUCCAAGAUACGCCCAAUUUACGAAAAUUGCAACUGGAGUCGAAUUACCUAACCUCGUUGCCGCCGCGAAUUCUGGACCCCAUGCCAUACAUCGAUCAGCUUCGUCUCGCUAGGAACCCCUGGCACUGCGACUGCGCAGCCUCGUACCUGGCCAUGUGGCUGCAGAAAAGGUACCUGGCUCGAACGAACGGGUCCACGGACGCGACGGAGAAUCUCAGCGUAUGGGAAUUCGGGGCAGGGGCGAUGUGCAGGGGCCCCGGGACUCUGGGAGGAAAGCCUCUGAUACGGUUGACGUUCCACGAGCUCUGCGAGGGUCAGUGGGCCUCGAUGAAAGGCCUGGCCCCCAGAAUCCCCGUCGACCUGGUGGGCACCAGCGGUCAGGUCACCGGUCCAUCCGACACUCUGUCGCCCAAAGAACCCGUCUCGGUAUUUAACAAACCCUCCGUUUGCUAG